CACGAACUUCCAAUUAUGGUUGGUUAUCAAAAACGGGGAAGAGGUGCCGAUGAAGAAAGUCGGAGACAAGUUGAUCCCCAAGACCGAAGACGAGUUUGAUGCCGAGGACAUCAAAAAGGUCGAGAAUUAUGCAAAGGCGAUAAAUAUGCUUUAUUGUGCCGUAAAUCCUGAUGACUACCGCAAGAUCUCUUGCUGCUUAACCGCCAUGGAAAUGUGGGACAAACUUGAGGUGACGUACGAAGGAACGGACCAAGUACGUGAAGCCAAGAUUGACUUCCUCACCCAAGAAUAUGAGAUGUUCAGGAUGAAGGAGCACGAGAAGAUCGACGACAUGUUCGACCGAUUUUCCAAGAUAAUCAAUGAUCUUCAUGCAGUGAAGAAGACUUACACGGACAGGGAUCUUGUACGAAAGAUCCUACGGAGCUUGACAUCCGAAUGGCGAUCCAAGGCCGAUGCCAUCUAUGAGUCAAUCGGCAAGUCAAAUGUCACCAUCGACGGUUUAAGAGGUAACAUAAAAACGUAUGAAUCUACUAUACUUAACCCGUCUUUGAUUGAUCAAGGAAAAGGCAUAGCAUUAAAAGCCUCCAAAGAACCGGCAAUAAAUGACUCAAGCAACGAUGAUGAAAUCAAGCUUGUCAUGAAGAAGUUUUGCAAACUUCUAAAGAAGAAAGAAAAGGCUGAGGAUGGCCCUAUGUGCUAUGGAUGUGGUGAAGCCGGGCACAUUAAGAACAAAUGCCCGAAAAGCGGAAGAAAUGCUCGGCACUUCAAAAGGCAAAGGGCAUAUAUCUCUUGGGGUGGCGACUCCGGCGACGAGUCAACCGAUCAAGACGAGGAUGAAACUGCCAACCCCUGUCUCAUAGUGCACGAAGACCAAACCGACGAUGUACAAGAG